AUGACAGUUUUAUCUACUAAAAAACCGUCGACUAACAAUAAAGAUUCGACAACAAAUCAACAACAACCAACAACUGUAUCGAAUCGAACAAGACCUUCACAAGAUGAUGAAUUUUCUAAUGAACCAAAUCCAGUUGUUGAUUCAAAUGAAUCAACGAACGAUCUCUCAGCUACGGUAGCAAUGAACAACUCACAGACAAUGACAACAACAUCAUCACCGCCGACGAUUUCAACAAACUCCAAACGAAAGUCGCAUAAUUAUCAUCAACAUCAUGCAUUGUCACAAACACUCAGCAGACAAACAAGACGAAGACGUACUUCGACUGAAGGAAAUCAAUCUUCGAAUUCGAAUAACAGUUCAUCGAAUGAAGAAGAUUUACUCGACAACAAUGUUACGACUUCAUCGAUUCCAAUUACAAAUGAAGUUGACCAGAACAAUAGUGAAGAUGAAUAUGAACAUAGUACAACUGUCAAAUAUGACCGAAAUAAUCUCAAUGAAACGGAAAUGCGAUUUGCCAGAAAUCUGAAAGAGAAAAAAGGUUUGAUUAUCAAACCGGUUCAAGAAGAUGGAGCGUGUCUAUUUCGUGCAGUGUCUGACCAGGUCUUUGGUGAUGAAGAAAUGCACGCAACAGUACGGCAAAACUGCAUGGAUCACAUUGUGAAAAAUGCUGAUUUCUUUUGUGAAUAUAUAACUGAAGACUUUGAUCAUUAUGUAUCGAGAAAACGACGACAAAACUGUCAUGGUAAUCAUAUUGAAAUCAUUGCGCUUUCAGAAUUAUAUAACCGUCCUAUCGAAGUCUACGAGUAUAGUACAGAACCCAUAAAUGUUGUUCAUGGAAUGUAUAAAACUGAUAAUGAACCGAUUCGUUUGAGUUAUCAUUGUGGUGUACAUUACAAUUCAAUUGUUGACCCUUGGAGGCCAACAGCUGGUCAUGGCCUUGGAUUACCUGAUCUUGAACCAGGACAUGCUCAACAAUCGUUGAUUGUCACAGCGCUGCAACAAUCAGAAGACAGCCAUAUUGAAAGAACGAUGCUCGAUGACAAAUUAGCUGCGACUGAUUGGGAAGCUACACAAGAUGAACUUAUUCAACAAAUUGCCAGAGAAUCGUAUUUACAAUGGUUGUGUGACACAAAUCGACAGCCGAAAGAUAAGCAAACGACAUCUGCUUCGAGCUCAUCAGAAACGGCAUCAUAUAUGACCAAAGAAAGUUCAACAACAAAUUCUUUGCCACUCAAAUUGGAAGAACGGACCAACUGCGAGUUUGCGUUACCAUUUCAUUACGAAGGCGAUCCAUCGGCGAAUUCUGAUCCGAUCAGCGAUGAUGAAACAUUGAUGCAACAAGUGCUCGCAUUGUCACAGAUUGAAUACAUUGAUACUUUGACAAAACAGAAGACGUCAUCUGAUGAUGCCAAUCCUCUAGUGAUACGUCUUUAUCGAUGA